UUGUCUUGGCUCAUAUAUCUCAACCCUCUAAACACAAAAAUAUCGAUAACUCUAGAUAUUGUGAUUUUCAUGAAAAUGAAAAUGAUGGCCACAACACACAUGAAUGCAUUCAAAUGAAAGACUCAAUCGAGCAUGUUGGAAAUCCAAAGUUGAAAAAAACAUGUGGUUAAUGUGAAGCUCCACAAAAAUGAGAGAGUGAAAAAGUGUGGUACAUCUCUCUUGUCUUCUUGUACCAAACAGGGUUUGAAUAACCAUAAGCCAACAUGCUGAGCAACGAGUAUUUGUGCAUGCACCUAUGCAUGUAACCAUUUCUCUUGAGUGAUGCUGAGACUAACCACCUUGAGACCAACCAUAAACCUUAGCAUCUUAGAGACACAGCUACAACGAUGCCAAUGCCUAAGACAAUUCAAUCAGAUUCUGUCUCAGAUGAUCCUCACAGGCUUCAUCACAGACACCUAUGCUGCAAGCAGGAUCAUCAACUUCUCCACUCACUCCACUUCCAUUCCCUUCCAUCAUUCCCUCCGAAUAUUCAACCACCUCCACAACCCCAACACCUUCACUUGGAACACCAUCAUGCGUGCCCACUUGGAACUUCACAACUCACCCCAUCAAGCUCUCAUCUUGUACAAGCUCUUUCUUUUGGAGAAUGCAGCUCCUGAUAGCUACACCUACCCAAUUCUCCUCGGAUCCUGCACUGCCCGGGUGGCGGUAUUCGAAGGAAAGGAAAUUCAGGACCAUGUUGUCAAGCUGGGUUUUGGUUCUGAUGUUUAUGUCAGGAACACGCUGAUCAAGUUGUAUGCUGUUUGCGGGGACAUGGUGGGUGCCCGCAAAGUGUUUGAGGAAAUUCCUGUGUUGGAUUUGGUUUCUUGGAAUACCCUAUUGUCUGGGUAUGUUCAGACGGGUGAUGUGGAGGAAGCAGAACGCGUGUACGGCCGGAUGCCGGAGAGGAACACAAUUGCUUCCAACUCGAUGGUGGCACUCUUUGGAAGGAAGGGUCUUGUUGCGAAGGCGCGCGAGCUUUCGGAUGGGAUUCGGGGAAAGGAUAUGGUUUCGUGGAGUGCGAUGAUUUCUUGUUAUGAACAGAAUGGGAUGUAUGAGGAUGCGCUGGUUUUGUUUGUGGAUAUGAAUGCUAAUGGGGUGAUGGUGGAUGAGGUGGUUGUGGUUAGUGCUAUCUCUGCUUGUUCGCGCCUGUCAAUUGUCCCGACAGGGAAGUCAGUGCAUGGCUUGGCUGCAAAAGUUGGAAUUGAAGCUUAUGUUAGCCUUCAGAAUGCCUUGAUAUUUUUGUACUCAAGUUGUGGGGAGAUAUUGGAUGCUCAGAAAAUUUUCAAUGGGGGUGUCCUCUUGGAUCAGAUAUCUUGGAACUCAAUGAUAUCUGGGUACUUGAGGUGUGGUUCAGUUGAGGAUGCUGAGACAUUAUUUUCUUCCAUGCCUGAGAAGGAUGUUGUGUCUUGGAGUGCUAUGAUAUCAGGUUAUACUCAAAAUGAACGUUACUCAGAGGCUCUGGAUUUAUUCCAGGAGAUGCAGCUUCAUGGAAUGAGGCCAGAUGAGACUGCUUUGGUGAGUGUCAUCUCAGCAUGCACCCAUCUGGCUGCUUUGGACUUGGGCAAAUGGGUUCAUGCUUAUAUAAGAAAAAAUAAGUUACGGGUUAAUGUUGAACUAGGCACGACACUUAUGGAUAUGUAUUUGAAAUCUGGCUGUGUGGACGAUGCACUAGAGGUUUUUUAUGCUAUGGAGGAAAAGCGGGAUUCUACCUGGAAUGCUCUCAUUGGUGGGUUGGCAAUGAAUGGUUUGGUAGAAAAGUCCCUUAACAUGUUUGCAGAAAUGAAGAAUACUGGAACACUUCCUAAUGAGAUAACAUUUGUGGCAGUUCUUGGAGCCUGUCGGCACAUGGGCCUAGUGGACGAGGGACGCCGCUACUUUAGUUCUAUGAUCCAAGAACACAAAAUAGAGCCAAACGUUAAGCACUAUGGAUGCAUGGUUGAUCUUUUAGGACGUGCAGGUUUGCUUAAAGAAGCAGAAGAACUGAUUGAGACUAUGCCAAUGGCACCUGAUGUUUCUACUUGGGGUGCUUUGCUUGGGGCUUGUAGAAAACACCAGAACAAUGAAAUGGGGGAGAGGGUGGGAAGAAAGCUCAUUCAGCUUCAGCCUGACCAUGAUGGUUUCCAUGUAUUAUUGUCAAAUAUAUAUGCUUCAAAAGGAAAUUGGGGCGAUGUUCUUGAAAUUAGAGGAAUUAUGUCACAACAUGGGGUUGUGAAGACACCUGGUUGUAGCGUGAUUGAAGCAAAUGGAACAGUUCAUGAGUUCCUAGCAGGAGAUAUGACACACCCUCAGAUAAAUGACAUCGAGCACAUGCUAGAUGUAGUGGCUGCAAAACUUAAGAUUGAGGGCUAUUCACCAAUUACAAGUGAGGUUUCACUUGAUAUAGAUGAAGAAGAGAAAGAAACUGUCCUUUCAAGGCACAGUGAGAAACUUGCAGUUGCCUUUGGACUUAUCACUAUUGUUCCACCAAUUCCAAUCAGAAUAAUGAAGAAUUUGCGCAUAUGUAAUGAUUGCCACACAGUAAUGAAGUUAAUCUCCAAAGCUUUUAAUCGUGAAAUUGUGGUACGGGAUCGUCAUCGCUUUCAUCACUUUAAGCAUGGAUCUUGUUCCUGCAUGGAUUUUUGGUAGCAAAACUGCAAGUGCAAUUAAAGUGAAUGUGUCUCCUAUGCUCUAAGAAGGUGCACUCAAAAUUUUUAUAGUGCUCUGGACUCCAACAUCAAAGCAUGCAUAGAAGAUUAUUUCAAGAUUUGGUAUGUUUCCUUUUGCAUAAUCAAAUUUUGUUCAUUCUUAUGCUGCAAGGGAGACUAAAAGCAUUGUUGGUAAAGUUUGGAGAAUUAGAGCAUACUAUACUUCUUAGUAUUCGUGUUAUGCCUAACUCUACCCCCAAAAGCUAGCUCGUAAGGUGGGGAUUGCCAAUCCCUUUAUAAGUUCUAUGUUGGCUUUACUUCUAAUCCAUGUGGGGAUCUCAACAAUACUUCAGCAGAUAUCAAUAUAAUUUUCCUGAUGUUGAUUAACAAUGUUAGCUCCAAGAGUCUGAAAUGAAUCAAUAUGUAUUUAAUGUA